GUUUCCCAUGAAAUAAAUAGUUAAAUUGAUUAGCAGCACAAGCUUUGCACAUUCUCUACCCCCUGCAUCUGUGAGACUUUGAGAAGCAAUCAUCAACCAUGGGAAGCGACAGAAAAUCGAAGCGACCUUCUCAUUCUUCACCUUCCGAUUCUCAAGAUGAGAAGAAGAGUAAGAGGAAGAGAACGGUGGAGGAUGAGGAAAGGAAGAGCCUGAGGAGGGAAAAGAAGGAGAAAAGGAAGGACAAGAAGCAUUCCAAAGAAAAAUCUGAUAAGGGGAAGAAGUCAAAAGACACGGACAAAAGGAAACGUAGUAAAGGUGAUGGCCAUAUGGAAUUCCAAGAUUUGUCCAAUGAGGACUAUUUUGCUAAGAAUAAUGAGUUUGCUACCUGGCUGAAAGAAGAGAAGAAUGUGUUUUUCUCUGAUCUUUCAUCUGAGUCGGCACGUGAGAUGUUUGGCGAUUUUGUCAAGGCUUGGAAUAGAGGAAAACUCGAAUCGAAUUACUAUGAAGGCAUUGCAAGCGGACCUCGCACAGCCCAUAACUGGAAAAUCAAGAAGUAGCUGAGUAACAAGAACAUUUAUUUGGAUUCAGUGUAGACCCUUUGUUUAGCUUUGCUUUCUAACCACUGACAUAAAAGUUAGUAAGUAUAUAUGUUUUUAUUUGUGUAAAUGACAUUUGUAUCAAUCUUUGAGGGAGAA